AUGGGUGUCCUAUCUAAAAAUGAAAAAAGAAUCUCAAAAACUUUUGAUACAAAACACCUAUUAUCUUUAAAAAGAAACGCCUCUCGAACUUCGAGAUCCUACAAUCAAAUUAAUUCGGAUCAGCAUGAACGUCUAAUAACUACUAUUCUGUAUGACAGAUUAAACAAUAACAAUUUAAUCAAAAACAACAUCGUCGCUAUUAAAAUUCAAACUACAAAUUCCAACAAAACUGACAACAACACAAAUAAACUCGUUAAAAUAGGCAAAAUCGUCAAGUAUGUCACCUUAUCAAUUACAACAAUAGGCCUAAUUGGAAUUUACAACCUACAAUUAAAAUUAGUAUACUUGCCAUCCUUAAAUGAUGGCCUCAGCCAGAUAGAUACCCCUAGUCAAUAUGGUAUGCCAUAUGAGGAGAUCUUUUUAAAGACAUCAGAUAUGGUAAUGCUACAAGUCUACGUCUUACGCCAGAGACUCAAUAAAGCUUACAAAAAUAGAAAUAAAAAUAAGUCCUAUAAAAAUACUACCAUCGUAAUAUUAUGUCCAAAUGCUGGAAAUAUUGGCCAUUCAUUGCCAAUAGUCCAAAUAUUCUAUAAAAGUUUUCACUAUAAUGUGGUCAUUUACAGCUAUAGAGGUUAUGGAAGAUCAACUGGCUCACCAAAUGAAUCUGGUUUGAAAAUUGAUGCUCAAACUAUUUUAACUUUUUUGAGUCAAGAUCCUGAGUUUAAAAAAAGUAAAAUUAUCCUAUAUGGCAGAUCCAUUGGCGGCGCUGUUGCUAUCUACAUGGCUUCCUUAGCCUCAAUAACUUUAUCAAGAAAUUUACUUCAAAUCGAAAAUGGCCCACAAGAAACAAAAUCUGUAUUAGAAAAUACCUUUUUAAACAUCAGAAAGGUCAUCCCUUACAUUUUCCCAAUAUUAUCCUACCUUUCAUUUUUAUGCCAUCAAGUUUGGCCCUCUGAAAGAUAUAUCACACUAAUCGAUCCCAAUAUACCUACAUUGUUUUUAUCAGGUCAAAAGGAUGAAAUCGUGCCUCCUGAUCAUAUGUUUCAAUUAUAUAAAUUAUCAAAUUCAAAGACAAAAGAAAUUCACCUAUUCAAAGAUGGUUAUCACAAUGAUACCGUCAAUCAAAGGUUCUAUUGGAAAUAUGUUCAUAACUUUAUUGAAGCAAUUUCUAUUUAA